AUUGGUACGAGACGGACUAAAAACAUGUUUCUAUCAGUGUUAAUAACGUUUGUUUGUUUUGUAAGCGGAGUCUUAACAAAUAGUUUAAUAACACCAUGUAAAAUCAGCGACAUUGCUUGUGUUGAUAAAUCCGUGAAAGGAGUAAUACCAAAAGUCAUUGCUGGAAUCCCAGGACUCGGAGUUGAGUCCUCUGAUCCUAUUUUCGUAGAGGAAAUAGACGGAAACUUAUCCAUAAUUAAAUAUAAAUUCUUCAACACUACAAUAACUGGAUUUAAAAACUGUGAAAUUUCAAAUUUCAAAUUGAAUGAGGACAUCACCACAAUACACUACGACCUAAUCUGCCCUAAGAUUCAUAUGAAGGGUAAAUAUGAAGUAAGCGGACGUCUUGUAGUUUUACCAGUUGAAGGAAAUGGUGAUUUUGAAUUGAUAACAGGAAAAUAUUCAAUACACGUUGAUUCUGAACUGAAAAAAGUUCAAGGUAAUAAUGGAAAAACUCAUUUAUUUAUUAAAAACUUCAAACUAAAAUCUAAGGCGCUGUCUCCUAUAAAAUACGACUUUAAAAAUUUGUUUAAUGGACAAAAGGAUUUGUCGGAUGCAGUACACAAGUUUGCCCAUGAAAACUGGUUCGAAGUAGCCGAGCUAGUUCAAGAACCAACAUGGAACACUUGCAUGAAGAAAGUCACUAGCAAUGUCAACAAGUACCUAAAAAGUGUUGCGGUCGAAGAUAUUAUACUAAAUUAAGACAAUAAUUUCAGUAAAAGGUUCCGGUAAAUGGUAGAGGUUACCUAUAUUUAAAUUAAGAAUAAUACAAUAAAAAUAUUAUACCUAUGUUUUAUGAAAGUGAUACAAAGUUUUAU